UAUAGAUCAAGCGCUGCAGCUUUCAAUCUGUCUUUCACCAGCACAGAACGGAGAAGAAGAGUCGGCAUCAUGCGUCACCUAGUCUUAGCCUGUUUUGUGGCUCUUGCAGCUGCUGAUCCAAAAAUAUAUUUCCAGGAACCCUUCGAUGAUGGUUGGGAGAGCAGAUGGGUGGAAUCCACUUAUAAAGGAAGUGAACAGGGAAAAUUCAAAUACACGGCUGGCAAAUUCUACGGAGAUCCCGAAAAGGACAAGGGCAUACAGACUUCUCAAGAUGCCAGGUUUUACGGGAUUUCAUCCAAAUUUGAUUCCUUUAGCAACAAAGAUAAAACAUUAGUGCUCCAGUUUACAGUCAAACAUGAACAGAAUAUUGACUGCGGCGGUGGAUAUGCUAAACUAUUCAACAGUGAAUUGGACCAGAAAAAUAUGCAUGGAGACACUCCAUAUUUAAUUAUGUUCGGGCCAGACAUCUGUGGACCAGGAACCAAAAAAGUUCAUGUCAUUUUCAAUUACAAAGGGAAAAAUCUUUUGACCAAAAAGGAGAUCAGAUGUAAAGACGACGUUUUCACUCACUUGUACACACUGAUUGUGCGGCCAGACAACACAUACGAAGUUAAAAUUGAUAAUGAAAAAGUAGAGAGUGGAGAGUUAGAAGCUGACUGGGAUUUCUUGCCACCAAAGAAAAUUAAGGAUCCUGAAGCAAAGAAGCCUGAUGACUGGGAUGAGCGUGAGAAGAUCGAUGAUCCUGAUGACACCAAACCCGAGGACUGGGACAAGCCCGAGCACAUCCCUGACCCUGAUGCCAAGAAGCCUGAUGACUGGGAUGAUGAGAUGGAUGGAGAAUGGGAGCCCCCAAUGAUUGACAACCCAGACUACAAGGGAGAAUGGAAACCAAAACAGAUUGACAACCCAGACUACAAAGGCAAAUGGGUUCACCCAGAAAUUGAUAACCCGGAGUAUGAAGCCGAUGCCAAUCUUUACAAAUAUGAUGACAUUGCUGCUAUCGGAUUUGAUCUCUGGCAGGUGAAAUCGGGAACAAUUUUUGAUAACAUCCUGAUCACAGACGAUGAAGGCAAAGCUGAAGAAAUUGGCAAGGAAACCUGGGGAAAAACAAAGGAUGCUGAGAAGAAAAUGAAAGAUGAACAGGAUGAAAUAGAAAGGAAGCAGAGAGAGGAGGAAGAAAAGAAACGUAAAGAGGAAGAAGAUGCUAAGAAGGAGGAUGCCGAUGAAGAGGAUGAGGAUGAUGUUGACGAUGAAGAUAAGGAGGACGACAAAGAGGAGGAUGCUGACUCAGAUACAGAUAGUUUACGCGAUGAGUUGUAGAGGACAUCAACGCCCAUGAUUCAUCAAUUGUAUUCCAUUUGACUUCAUUACCAGGGAUGGGGGAAUGUGCGAGGUCAGGCCUUUUUCUGACAGGUGACCACUAUGUAUACAAAGCUCAGGCAAAUUCAGUGGCUCACAAAAGUUAAGGAGGCUGUCGGGGGAGAAAAAAAUAUAUCAUGUAACCACAAAUGUAAAGGAAUCAUCCAUGCUAAAUCAUCAGACUUGCAUUUGGUCCUUCGUAGAAACUAAAAGUCUAUGUAUUUCCUGUCAUAUGGUACCAGUUAUCCAUGAACUGGUAUUCAGUUUGGCUCUGGGUUUUUUCCUGUGUGUGUUUUUUUUUUUUUCUUCUUUUUUGUUCCUCUGUGACGCGUGGGAGUAGAUUUUAUUUAUGCAACCAUUUUUGUACAAAGUAAACCACUGUUUGUUGCUGUGUUUAAUCGGAUGUUAAUGAUGUAUAUUUGAAUGAGAAGUGUAUGAAAGGCCAAAAAACGUGAUUUGUACAGCAGAUUCUCUGGUUUCUACCAGUCUUGGUAGAUAGCUAAUAAAUCGUCCUAAAGAUAGUAUAU